GAGGUCACUCUCUCCCUGAGGACUCUAGCAUGGCACAGCCCCUCUGCCUCUCUCCUGGUGGUGGCAUUGAAACAGCACCCUCUGCUUCGGUCCUCUACAGGGUGGCAGAGAAGGAGGCAGUCAAUAAGAUGUCCCUGCACAACCUUGCCACUGUCUUUGGCCCCACGCUGCUCCGGCCCUCUGAGAAGGAGAGCAAGCUCCCUGCCAACCCCGGCCAGCCCAUCACCAUGACUGACAGCUGGUCCUUGGAGGUCAUGUCCCAGGUCGAGGUGCUGCUGUACUUCUUGCGGCUGGAGGCCAUCCCUGCCCCGGACAGCAAGGGACAGAGCAUCCUGUUGUCCACCGAUGUCUAAAGGUCCCAGUCCAUCUCCUGGAGGCGGACAGACGGCCUGGAAACCUCUGGCUAAUCAGGCCAUCUGUAGAGUGGGAAUCAAGAUUUUCUGAGGCAUCUUUGGGCCACCCCCAGGUGUCAGGCCAUCUGCCAAGAGACAGCGGCCCAAAGCAGAAGGACAGGUGGCCUGGGCAGAUCCCGCCCAGGUCUGAAAGCCCCAGGCUGGCCUCAGACUGUGGGUUUUUUAUGUGGCCACCUGAGGGCGCCCCAAGCCAGUUCAUCUCGGAGUCCAGGCCUGGCCCUGGGAGACAGGGUGAAAGCAGUGGUUUUUAUGAACUUAACUUAUAGAGUCUAAAAGAUUUCUACUGAAUCAGCUGUCAAGAAGCGCCCUCUCUGGGGAGAAGGGAACGUGACCGGAUUCCCUCACUGUUGUAUCUUGAAUAAACGCUGCUGCUUCAUC